UCUCGAUUCUCUGAUUCUUCUCUUGUCUUUCCUUUCUUUCCUUCGCUCGUUAUCCUCUCUUCCAUGUCUGCCCCGUCUUCCCCCACCCUCGGUCCAGUGGCACACGAAAAAGGACGCACGAAGAGGAGAGAAAGGCCUCCUGCGCUCGACAUCGCAGACUCCAAGGCGGGGUCGGACGGGGAUGUACGAUACGAGCGCGAUGCCGCUAAAGAUGCGCGAAAGCAGCCCUUCCUGCAAGUCGUCGGCGCAGAAGACCAGCACACCGAUGCUGAGACGGACGGCCACCGCCCCGCCUCGGCCACGUCCUCUCUCGAUCCCUACUACUUCGGCGUGCACAGCCCAUCCGAGUCGCCAAUCCCUCCCGUCCCCAGCCUGCCCAAGACUCCCGAAAUGCACUCCUACCUGCACCGUGAUCCUGUGACGCCCGGAAGGGACCCUGCAGCGAUCGACAGGCGCACUCUGGUCGGGGUGGGUGAACUUGCUACCCCUCGCUGGGCGCGGGGAGCGCGUAACGACGACUCCGAAUUCGUGCCCCAGGAGCGUGUGGAGGAGGUCCAAGAGGAGGAGGGAGUAGAUGGGGAAGGGUUCGACGAUACUCAGGAACCGGAUCACCCCGACAGCCCGUGGACGAUUGAGGCUGUGGACGGGGAGCAGGAUGAGCAGGACGAGCUCAUGGAUGUCAAGCCUCUCACUCGCCCCCUGCGCAGUCGACGAUCAGUAGCGGACGAGAGCGGUGGCGAAGAAAUCUUGUAUCCCCGUCAUCCCCACCUACAUGCUGAUGAUGCCCCGCCGCCUCCCAAGCUGCCCACUCGCCCCACCGAGGCUCUAGCGGCUGCUGCGCUAGACUCUCCCUCCGACAACACGUCCCCACCAAGUGCGUUCGCGGCUCCUGCGAAUCGCGCGAGGAAGCGUACCUCGGAGGAGUUCGAGCUGGACGACAACGGCGCGCUGGUGUCAAAGCAUUCGUCGAAUACUACGCCGGGGGCAGGGAAGGACAAGGAUAAGGUCCGGAGGCAUAGAAGCCUAGGUGUCAGGAUGCCUGCGCCGGUCACUCCAAAGGAUAAGGUCAAGGAGCGCAGGAGGGACACGCUGUCUCUCAGCGUACGGCAUUCGCGUCAGACUUCUGGUGGUGGUUCGUCGUCAUCAAGCCAUGGCGAGCCCCUCCUCUCGCGGCGCAUGCACAACUCCGACUUUUCACACCUCCCUCCGUCCCCGUCAUCGUCAUCGAUCCAGCAGUUUCUCAAGCAGGGUGGCAACACCAGCAGCUCCGCUUCGUCCCCCCUUCACGCGCAGCCACAUCUGCCGCACAACGUCGCUCAUUCGUUGCUGCGCGGCACGCAGGAAGGCUGGUCCGAUUUGGACGAUCAAACGACCAUGGAGGCGCUCAGGAAGCUGGAUGGGCUGUCCAGCAAGACUGCACGUGCCCGCUCCAGCAUCGGGGGUCACAGCAGGGUCGGUAGCUCCAGCCGACCAAGUACUCCUGCCAAAGCCUCCACCACGACUCAGUGGGAAGGUAUCGAGGGCGGGCGCAGCAGCAAGCGUUCCAGCAUGCAUGCGUCGCUCAGUGGGAAGGAGAAGUCUAGGGACAGUGCUCACCGUCAGACCAUCGGCCUUGGACUAUCGACAGACGGCGUCGUAGAUUCCGAUUACGUCGUCACUAGCGGCGACGACAUGCAGCAUGGUUCUCCGCCGCCGGAGAACUCGACGAAGAAGACGGGGACAGCGAGUGCUCGGUCGAGCUUCACACCCAAGCGGGGCUCCAGCUCUUCGGGUACUUAUGC